CCUUCCCACCGCACCACAUCCGUGUUGGAAAUUUGUUUUGCUGAUGGUGGAUGACAGAUAUCGCUGGAUAAACAUCACAGUUGCAGCCUUUUAGACGCAAUGUUGGACUUUACAGAAUCGUUUUCUUCCAAUGAGACGAAAUAAGGUCACUAGGCUGCGCCACAGUGCAUUAAUAUUUAUGUAAACAUCCGUUUGUGACUCAUCUAAGGCUGAAAGCUAACGCUAGCGACAGCUAGCUAGCAGGCUAACAAAGCGGGCUUUUAUGAUGAAACACCGUUAAACGAGCUUACACGCUCACCACUUUAACGCCGUAUCCGACCAUAAUUCAUAUUUACGGCCAUAGUAGCGUAAUUGUGAGUGUCUUAACCUUGCAACAUGGGUUAGCAAAUGCGUCUUGACUGUGAAAAUAAAACGUCUUGGCUUGCAGGUACUUGUAUGGCAUUUGCUGAUAAAGCUAGCUAACGUCAGUUUACAGGGCUCGGGUUUACAGUUUUUAAGCAUCGUCACGUAGGGACACAGCUGCGCGCUGCCGAUCAGUCUGGGUAUCGAUAACCCACUGGAGGAUUGAUGUUUUGGACUGUCGCUGUCACCGGAGUCUCCCCAAGAAAGCCAUGCUAUGAUGGUGCUGCGGAGGUUACUGAGGAAGCGCUGGGUGCUGGGAGUAGUCUUCGGACUGUCGCUCAUCUACUUUCUCACCAGCACACUCAAACAGGAGGAGCGAACCAUACGGGACCGCACACUCUUAGAGGUUAGAGAUUCAGACCAUCGCAUCCCCUGGAAAGUCCGUUUCAACUUAGGCAACAGCAGCCGACAGAUCACUCAGUGCAGAAACUCCAUCCAGGGCAAAACACUACUCACAGACGAACUUGGUUACGUCUGCGAGAGGAAGGACUUGCUGGUUAACGGCUGCUGUAACGUCAAUGCUCCCAGCUCCAGACAGUACAUUUGUAAAAGCUGCCUGGCCAACGGCUGCUGUAGCAUCUAUGAGUAUUGCGUGUCUUGCUGCCUCCAGCCCGAUAAGCAACCUCUCCUGGAGCGCUUCCUGAAUCGAGCAGCUGAAGGUUUCCAGAACCUCUUCACUGCUGUGGAGGAUCAUUUUGAGCUGUGCCUGGCCAAGUGUAGGACCUCUUCACAAAGUGUUCAACAUGAGAACACGUAUCGAAACCCUCAAGCGAAGUACUGCUAUGGAGAAAGUCCUCCAGAGCUGCUUCCUGUAUGAGCGUUUGACUUCCUCCUCUGGUGUAGGAAGUAAACAGUAGGCUAAUUAAGAGCCCCUGUUCGGACUUCCAAAGGUGCUCGGGCGAGAGACUCUCUACAAGUUAACUGCUGUCUUUGGACAAUUUUGCAUUAUAGUGGCAAAGACACGGACACAUCCAAGACCAACCUCAAAAUGGACAAAAUGCUGUAUGUGAUUUGAUUAUUUUACACUUCAUAAGUGCAUAGAACGCUUCAUACAUUCAUCCGUGAUGAUCAUCAGGUCGACAUUAGCAGGCAGCUCAUCCAUCAGGAUUCGCUUCAAACUGGUUCAUGUCAUAAAAAACAGGCUUCAUUUUAAACGAAUCUAACAGCUGUUUUAUGUUUUCUUGAAUAUUUUUUGAAAACAGCAAAGAAUGUGUCAUUACGUCUGUGUUUAGUGCAUGCAUAUGAAAUUGCUAUUUAAUAAAAGUGACUGUGAAGCGAAA